AGGCCCGACGGAAGGGGGGGAUGCUCGACAUCUACAGAAUCGCGCCGUGUGCUGUUCACGCGCUCGAAUCAUGUUUACAUUUACUUACACAUAACCUUUCGGCUCUCCCGGGCACUGCGGUUGGAGAUGCAAAAACACCUUGUUGAUAUCCGCGUAGCCUCGGAAGUACUCGGCCUGUUAUCAUCCGACCGAUGUUGGAUGCGGAGCCGACGUCGCUCGCUCUCCUCAGUCUCGUCUCUCGUGGUCGCACCUGAAAGUUUUCCGAUAUAUCAGACUACGUCGGCCGAUGCGCGCAUUAAAGUGAAAUUAUGAAGGGAAUUUAGCAAUUGAACGGGCGUUUAAUUCGUCGUUAUGUAACUAUCGGUUAUCGGAACGCAAUCAGCAUCCCUGAAGGAAGAGAGAAAAAAAAAUCUUAUCGCGCAGUUUUCGGCAUAAUUGUGCAAAAUGUUGAUCUCGCGCUUCCUACGUGAGAUUAGUAAGAAGUGGUUUAACGUACGGAAAACCACGAGGCAGAGCAUGCAGUCUGCCAGAGACACGGUUUUCCGCGGCGGUGUCGUUGUCAUCAGCACCGUCUUCAUUAUCUGGCUGUCCAUAUUUCUUUAUACGGUUUUUUACUACUCCUACAUGCCCAGCAUGUCGUACGUACGUCCCGUACAUUUACAAUUCAAGUCGUGCGACGAGAACAAGGGAAUUUGUAGCUUUCCACAGGCUCGCGUACAGCUGACCAAGAAGCAGCAGAUUCUGAUGGUAGGACAACCGUAUAAAGUAAACUUGCAGCUAGAAAUGCCAGAAUCGCCAGCGAACAAAGAGCUCGGUAUGUUUAUGGUUUGCGCGCAAUUGCGAAGCCGCGAUGGAUACCUCGUGGAGCAUACGUGUAAGUCAGCCAUGUUACAUUACCGCAGCACACUGUUACACACGCUUACAACUCUCACGUUUUCGCCGAUGAUGAUUUUUGGAAACGCCGAAGAGAAGCAAGACGUUGUCCUUGAAUUGUUUGGCAAUUUUGAAGAGGACCAGAGCCAUCCAGUGACAAUUAUUUUCAUUGAGAUUCAAUCACGGCACAUAGAAUUCUAUUCCGCCAAUCUUAUGAUAAAUGCUCACUUGUCGGGAUUACGUUACUGGAUGUUUUAUUGGCCCAUUCUAUCAACCUGCGUUGGCAUUUGUACAAAUUUGUUUUUCAUAAUGCUCGUGUGUACGUUGUCGUACGUACACUUUGGAACCGAAGAGGAAAGUUCCGACGAAACUUUCAGUUACGAAAAGGGCGAGAUAGAAGACGACCAUGAUCUCAAGAGCGAUUUGUCAGACACAUCAUCUCAGGAAGAUACAUUAUCCGUAACAGACCUCAAAAGUGAGGAGAAGAGUAUAGAAGGGGAAAAACUUGUUAAGGGAGAACCGAGCUAUAUCCAGGAAAUUUCCACGCUAAUUGCUGAGUCAUCGAGUGGAGCGACGAGUUAAAAUAAUUUAUUGCGCUUAGAAAUGUGAUUAGUCUAUGUAAUAUAAAAAUGAAUUUUACAAAUGGUUGUUUAUAAGUAAUUUAUAAUUAUCGAGAUGAAUAAGGUAGGGAAAAGCACUGAAGUGAAAAUAUAUUUUUUCGUAUUCCCUA